UGUUUUUCUAGCGUCUUCCCUCUCGGUAGAGAGCUGAACCGCGCCCUCUGUUGGCUGACAUAAGUAGAACACCAGGCGCUUACAGAAGCCGCCAGAGGCUUCCGUCUACUCCGACGUCGGGGCGUGUUGCUAACUGGAGUUAGCGGCUUCCAGGCCACACGACUGUCUGUCUUAUCUCGUUCUAUCAAAUGUACUAGCAACUAUGGAUUUUGACGCCUUAUUUAGCGAGAAGGUCAUCCAGUUUUCGGACUUCCAGGAAUUCACGUUUGUUCCCGGGCACGAAAGGUUGACAGAACGAGUGAGAAAGCGGUUGUAUUAUGGUCUGGACACCGACGUCACCCUCGACGCCCUCUCGUGCCCCGUCACAGACAUUGCUGUGGAAAUCUUUCAAAAAUCGGCCCCAAGUCCAAUCCGAAAACUGCAAAAGAAAUAUGCUGCUCAUGUUUCCAGGGAGGCAUGCAUCUCUCCUUGUGCCAUGAUGUUGGCUCUUGUUUAUAUAGAAAGAUUGCGGCACAGAAACCCUGAAUACCUGCAGAAGAUCUCCUCCUCUGACCUGUUUCUCAUAUCUAUGAUGGUCGCCAGUAAGUACUUAUAUGAUGAAGGCGAGGAAGAAGAAGUUUUCAAUGACGAGUGGGGAGCAGCAGGAAAGCUUGACGUCCAAACUGUCAACAAACUAGAGAUGAACUUCUUGAGUGCUAUUGAAUGGAGCCUCUUCACUGAUCCAAAUGACCUCUUCGACAUAUUGAGUCAACUGGAAACACGCAUUGCCCAGCAGCAGGGGGUGAAGCGAGGCUGGUUCACCUACACUGACCUCUGUGUUCUGUUGGAGCAGUCCUCAUGGAGCCACGCCCUCACAGCCAUCUACCAACACUUUGCCAAGGUAUCGUGCAUGCUCGGGCUUGUCUACCUGACGAGUGUUGCCGGCCUCAUUGCCACCACCUCUGUGCUGCACCUGCUCUCCACCGGUGGCCAGACUUUGCGUCCCCCUACUACACAGUUAUCCCAUAUCCAGAGCGCCAACUUUGAACCCGAGGUUUCUGCUCCGGAACCACGCGUCCCGUGUUGUAAUCUGGCUAAUGAAAGUGCCAACCGUCAGACAUCCGCAUUCCCUCGGCACCACGGACAAAAUCCGCCAUCUGUGUCCACAGAGUCUUCUCUCCUUUGCCUGUGGGGGUCCCUCUUUGCCUCCAUGGGCCACAUACAUCCCGAUGAGGCUUCAGAGACGGACAAAGCUCACACCUGGUCGGCUGCUUCCUACUUCUGUCCUGGCUGUCUGGCCACUCUUCCUCCUCUACAGUGUGGUCUGAGAAACACCACCGCCCUCUGCACAAACAGGGCUCAUGGUAGUCAUCACGCUACGCUCAUAUCCACUAACCUCCUCAGAGCGGUGGGAGGUCUUAACUCACCCGUGGGCUUGUUCCCAGCUCUUCAACCUGGACCUUGUCCCCCAGACUCCAUGUUGCCUAUAGAUAAACGUCAAGCACUGCUAAUGCCCGGCUAGAGUUGAAGCCUAUGGUGAUGAAUUUCAUCUGCACUGCCACAAAGUGUGUGUUCCCAAACGGCUUUGUGAUUACUCCUACAACAUGUUUGCCAUAAAAUGUUGGUAUUGAGUUCAGCCUGACUAUGCGUUAGCUUGACUUGUCCGACGCAGAUGAGAAAGUGAACAGUUUAUGUUUGUGUACUCCAGCUGAGUAGUCGCGUGCAACAUGUCAACGUCUUCUGUUCUCAUUUCCAAGAGUUCUCAUCUAAAAUAAGUCAUUUUGUCUCACUCUACUUAGACCUUAUCUCAGUGCUGUGCCCUGACUUUCUGUGAUGAACACACUUUAAUUCUACUGGGAAAAGGGACAGCUUUAGUUAGUUUGAACCUAUCAUUUUGAUACCAGCAGUCAGUUAUUGCUGCUGUGGUUUUUGGCCAAAAACCCCACUAUAUUUCACUUGUCACUCAUUGUUCAGCGUGUUAUCACCAACAUGUUUUUGUCAUGCUGAAAUGUAAAAAAGCUGCUCGCAGUCGGUGUGAAACACCAGCUUCUGAGACUGUGACCCUUAAAAGUGCCUCUCUGCUCAUCCUGGUCCCGGACAUGAUUUUUAUGAAAAAUACUUUUUAUCAAAGCGUUCUUCAUCAAGUGGAAAAUUAAUUGAGCAGGUUGAUUUUUUUUCCUCAUCGCAGUAGCUAAACCUCAGAUAACAAUGUGAAAAGUCUCGUUCUGGAAGGUGCAAAGGCUUGUUGAGGACCUCUGAUGCAAAAGGAGGAGAGUUACAUUAUUGCAGGAUGUAGUCUUGUAAGUGCUUUAGCAGGGGAGGAGUCAUAUUUGACUGAAUAGUCUGAGCUUCUGAAUAACCACCCAGGAUCCAGUUCUACCAGCAGGAACUCAUUACAGACGCAUUUAAGCGCAGCCAUCGCUUUAGGACAUGUCGUUUUAUUGAUGGUACACACGCAGGCACGUCCUGUUGAAGCCAAGUUUGCAGUUGUUGCUAUUGAAAUUUUAGUUUUGACAUCUUUAGUUGUGUUGCCACCGUUUUUAUUCCUUGAAAACGUUUUGUGGAGAUGUUUCGCUGUCAUGGAUGUACCUUGUAGUGCGCUUUAAUUUUACGUCAUUUACAGGUUACACAGUCUAAAGCACUGAUUUUUUUGUUUUGUUUUCUGAAAACCACUGGUUAUAAUUGGUCAGAUUGGAUUUUCUCUGAUACCAGCUCGCUACUGUUAUUUGAAACCUUAACACUUAAACCCAACUCACACACUGUUUAAUCCACUAUUCUGGAAUUAGCUGAAUUUGUUUUCAUAUAUUUUGAGUGGAGAAUCCUGUAUUCCUUCACAUCUUUGUGCUGCAUACAUUGAACAGAAAUACAUCUACUCCACUCCAUCACUGUUUUGUUUUUCCUCUCCUGGCGUGUUUAUAUCGCUCCCUUACGAAAAACCACAGUAAUGACACAUUUAUGCUGGAGUUCCUGCGUGGACUUUCACAUCACUGUUACUGCUCCUGGUGUCUUCUUGGAUUCUGACUUUGAGUUUGUCAACUUUUGCAGUGUUUGAUACUUUGACACAAGAGGUGGUCUAGAUUUGUACAUGAUGUAAACCUUGUACAAACCCCACAAUAAAGAUGCUUUAUUCCUGC